AAUAACGUUGGUGCAACCGGGCCUUCAUAAUUAAUUUUCUCAUUGAAUAUCGGAUAUAACCUCAAUUUCAAUUGUAUCAAGCAAUUGUAUUAUUUGCUGUAUAAUCCGAAAUUAUAUGUAAAAAGGAAGCAAAUUUCUUUUUAAAACAAACAAAUCGUUUCUUCACAAUCUCUUCAACAAUUGUAUCUUUUUUGUUAAAAUGCAUUGGAAAAUGAAAAAAUUAGUAGAUAGCUUAAUAUCUGAUGAUAUGUCUGUAAAUCAAAUUGAAGAUACAAGCAGCGAUGAAGAUUCAGCAAAUGAAUCUGUAUCAACAUCAGAUAGCGAUGACGAAGAAGUUUCUGUUGAAGAAUUACAAGCUGGAACAUCUGUUUCAGCAGAUGGAUCAUCUCAUGGAAACUUAGAUGAAGCUAUAAUAGCUGCAAAGCAAUUGCACAGGAAUCAUCCACCAUCAAUUAUAUUAGAAGAUAUGGUAACAGACAUAUGUUUCCAUCCCACUGCAGAUACUAUAGGUGUAGCUAGUAUUACGGGUGAUAUUUUUAUGUAUAAGUAUAACAAUGAAGAGACUACUCUUGUAUCAACCAUAGAAUUGCAUCUUAAAGCUUGCCGAGAUAUUGAGUUCAGUGAAGAUGGACAAAUAUUAUUUUCAGCUGGAAAAGAUUUAUGUAUAGCAAUAACUGAUAUGGAAACCGAAAAGUUAACUAGAUUAUAUGAGAAAGCUCAUGAGCAACCUAUAUAUACAAUGACAGUAAUCAGUGAACACGUGUUUGUAACGGGCGACGAUGAUGGUGUAGUAAAAUUAUGGGAUCUCAGACAAAAGGGAAAUGAUCCGAUAUUUUCGAUAAAGGCGGCAGAAGAUUACAUUAGUGCCAUGAUAACCAACAGAGAUGCUAAAUAUUUGGUUUGUGCCAGUGGUGAUGGUUGUCUAACGACUAUAAAUAUACCAGAGAGAAAAAUGCACAUACAGACCGAGGAAUAUGAUGAGGAACUAACAUGUCUUGGUUUAUUUAAAUCCGAACGUAAAUUAUUAUCUGCUACUAGUAAAGGAAAAAUGUAUGUAUACAAUUGGGGUGAAUUUGGACUACAUUCGGAUGAAUUUCCAAAUGUUACAAAGACGGCUAUAAAUUGCAUGAUUCCCGUUACGGAGAAUGUUGUAAUAACUGGAGGAGAAAACGGGAUAGUUAGAGCAACUAGUUUGUUUCCUCAUCGUCAACUCGGUAUAGUGGGCCAACACGAUUUUUCUAUCGAGGCACUCGAUAUCAGUAAUGAUGGAAUUUUAAUAGCAUCUUCGUCUCACAAUAAUGACAUCAAAUUCUGGAAUGUACAAUAUUUCGAGACUUUGAACAUUACCGAACCGGUGAAAGGUGGAAAACAAAAAUGGCUCAAACAUAAUCUUCCAAGUAGUGAAAUUAAUAAUCGAUCUGAUUUCUUUGCCGAAUUAUAAUUUUAACAGUUUUAUAUAAUAAUAUAACAUAAUUUGUAUCAUUUAGUUGUCAAUAAUAUUAUAUGAUAAUUCGCGUGCAUAUUCUAAAAGUAUAAAUCACGUUUUAAUACAUCUUUUAAAUAUGUUUCACAUUUAACAUCAUUUAGAA